AUGUUGCUUUUAUGUAUUUUAGCGAGCAUCGUCGUCGUCGUGUUUUUAGCCAUCUCAUUUUCAGCGCAAAUUAGGAAAUAUGCAGCAGGUGGAGAAUGCGCAUCACCAACUCGACUGGAUGGAAAGACCGUCCUCAUCACAGGAGCCAACACCGGCAUCGGGAAGGAAACAGCACUUGAUCUGGCAACAAGAGGUGCCCGGGUGAUCAUAGGCUGCAGAGAUGUAGACAAAGGAGAAGAUGCUGCUGCUAGCAUACGCAUGUCGUGCUCCAAUGCAGAUGUGGAGGUCCGGGAGCUGGAUUUAGGCGACACCUGUUCAAUACGAGCAUUUGCACAGAAAUUCCUCAGCGAAUUCAAUGAGCUCCACGUUCUAAUAAACAAUGCAGGCGUAAUGAUGUGCCCUUACACCAAAACUGUGGAUGGCUUUGAAAUGCACAUCGGAGUAAAUCACUUGGGCCACUUCCUGUUGACGUACCUGCUGAUUGGUCUGCUGAAGCGCAGUGCUCCAUCUCGUAUUGUGGUCGUAUCGUCGCUCGCACACAACUUUGGCUGGAUUCGCUUUCAUGACCUUCACAGCCAGGGCAGCUACAACAGCGGAUUAGCUUACUGCCAAAGCAAACUGGCCAAUGUGCUUUUUACCAGAGAGUUGGCGCGCAGGCUGCAAGGCUAUAAUGUGACGGUGAAUUCGGUGCACCCUGGCACAGUGAACUCCGACCUGACACGGCACUCGACCAUCAUGAUGAUCCUGUUCACCAUGUUUUCUAUAUUUCUGAAAACGCCUCGAGAAGGAGCUCAGACCAGUGUCUACUGUGCUGUGGCUGAAGAGCUGCACUCCAUCUCUGGGAAACACUUUAGUGACUGCGCCCCUGCGUUCGUGGCUCCCCAGGGCAGGAGUGAAGAGACGGCUCGCAGACUAUGGGAGGCUAGCUGUGAGCUUCUUGGCAUCGUAUGGGACUGA